AAUCUUGAUGUGUCUCGUACGGCUCGCGCAACUCCGACAUCAUCGUCAAGAGUCCCGAGCCCUAACCGCGCAUAAACCCUCCACUGCCGCGCCGCCGCCGCCGCUUCCUGUCCCCGUCGGCCCCUCCUCGCCGCUCGCGCCGCCCUCAUCUUCCCAGCCCCAACGCGACACACCACAAGGGCCGUCGUGAUGUCGAAGAAAGGAGGACGAGCGAAGAAAGCGGCGGGCGGCGGCGAGCUGUCCCGCUUCCUAGAGUCGCAUCUCCAGACCAUCAGCGACACCUUCCAGAUGAUGGCGGAGUCGGCUCCGGUGAGCUUGGAGCGGACGGAGUGGUCUGAGGUCGUUAAGCUCGGCGACCAGGUCUCCAGGCAGGCCACCGUCGCUGGAAUGCUCUGGAGCGGUGACUUGCCUGAUGUAGAGACCCUCAAGGAGAACGUCGAUGCUUACUUCAACAUCCUACAGGGAUUUCUUUUGGUUUGCCACGGAAGCAUGGUCGGUGCUGGGCCUACUCUUCACAAGUCCAUCUAUGGUUCUGCAAAGAACGUGGUUGACUCCAGCUUCUCAUUGUUCAAGCAUGCUGUUUCUGCUUGUGAAUCUCGCAGCCCUGACCGCAACACAACUAUACCCCAGGUCACAGGAACUGUAUGGGAAGCUUGUGCUGCUCUCAAGAAGGUGCCUACAUCAAACUGUAUUGCCAUAGGACGAGCCAUGACCAAGAUAGGUGUGUAUCUGAAAGAUGUUCUCCGUGAAAUGAAUGAGCUCCCUAUUGGUGAUUCUGGUGAUAGUGCUGCUGAGAAGUCUUCCAAUGGUGUUGUUGACACAGCGAGUUGUUCUGAUAGAGAUGAGAUAUCUGAUCUUGAUCUAGAUGAUGAUGAUGAUUUCACUGAAGAAGAGGCUGCUGUUGCCAAGUUGGUUAUUAGUGUGGCAUCCGAUUCCCUGGUUGUAGUGAAAGAGGCAAUUCGUUUCAUUACUGGUUUGCUCAAGAGCUCAGGUAACAAAGAUGGGGCUAAUGAGGACAAAGUUGAGCCAAUGGAAAAAUUGCUGAGCCAUUGCAAGGAGAUUGCCGACCAGGUCAAUGAUCUAGGGGCUUCUGUAUACCCACCACAAGACUCAUCUGAGAUGAAGCUCGCUAUAAAAAGACUGUACAAUGGCAUCAAUGGGAUGCGCAAGGAAGUAGGGAACCUUGGCGGCUCACCUGAGAGCACCUUUGCAGCCCUUGAAGGAUUUGAAAAGUGCAUUGGAUCUCUACAGGCAAAGUUAUCUGAUGAUGUGGCGAACGAGAUGGAAAAUCUUAAUAUUAGCUAUUAGCACGUAAUGUUCAGAUUUGUUAUAGCAAUGUUAUGCCGGUAUAUCUUCUGAUUUUGCACAAUGGAUGGAGCUUUUCUUAUUUCAGUAAAUGAGCCAUUGAUUGUAAAGUAAGAAAGUGGGCUUGGUUUGCUGUAACUUCUCCAGUUAGUGAUGUCACUAUUACGGGUCAAUGAUUGAGCGGAUAAGAUUGUUUACGUUCUCUUUUUUCCCCCUCAGACUUUGCAACUUUUUCAUUCAAUCGUUGUUGUUAUCGGACUUA